CAUGCUAUGUUCCUCACGUCACAGUCUUCUUGCUCCCACUUUGCUUUGCUUGUGUAUAGAACGGCAUGCACCUUCUUACUCUAUAUAUAGUUAGCCCAACAACCAGAAGAUUAUCAUCCACAGCACACAGACACAAUCUUCUAGUUCUAUAACAUAUAUUUGGCGUUUGAGAAAUUGCAAGAAUGAUCAGCGCAACGAGACUAGUGGAGAUGGCCAGGAAAUGGAAGAAGAUGGCCGCCAUGGGAAGACGAAGAAUCUCGCUAGGCAAAGUGGUGGAGAGGAGCAACAGCAGAAGAAAAGCAGUAGCAGUUGCGGACAAGGGGCAUUUUGUGGCUUAUGCAGCAGACGGCAAGAGGUUCAUGCUUCCUCUGGCUUACCUCCAACUGCCCAUCUUCCAACAGCUGUUGAUAAUGGCAGAGGAAGAGUUCGGAUUGGACAUAGAAGGAGCAAUCACGUUUCCUUGUGAUUCUGCAUUCGUAGAGCAUGUGAUGGCACUGCUGAAGAAGGACAAGUUGGGAGCGGUAGAAAAUGUAUUGUUAGUCACGUUAGCUAGCAGGGGGUGCUUGCCAUCUUCUUCAUUGCCUCCAAGCCAUCCCUCCCGUCACGCGCCCCACAAUGUGAUUUAAAAAGAAAAAGAGUUAGUAGAUGAUGUAUACAUGUCAGUAGCAGAACAUUUUUGUACAGAAAGAUAUAUAUUCUUUCAAAUAUAUGGAAGAAACUUUCAAUUGCUUUCAUGUUUUGAGUUUAACGCU